AUGGCUGCACAAACUUCUACCUCAACCACCUACUCCACAUCCACCUCCUCUACUCCCCUCAACUUCGGACGAGGAGGUUACAAUGGACCCAAUAAGAACGACGAAGAUGAAGACAGCUUCCGUCCUACCAUCUCUUCUCUCCGUCGUGGAGAUGAUGAUGAGGAAGAAGAUGGACGAGGUGGAUACAACUAG